UGACUUAUCCAGUCCCUGCACUCAGAAAAUGUAAAGAAUUGCUUUAAAUACGUCAUUCCCUGCUUGCUUGCAGGAUCUUGACCACGUCCACCUGCCCCCCACACACCACAAGUGGGGCGCCAGCCGCUUUGACAAGAAUAUUGGCAGAGUCAUCUGUCGAGGCAUGGGUUUCACUCACCUGGAAGGGGUGUACAGAGUGAAGUUGGAGGAUGAAGAGAUAGAGAGAACCAAGUUGACGGUAGAGUGCCUGGGUUACGAGGCACUAUUAUCACACUGUGUUACCUUCGAUGCUAGGAACUCCACCUGCGAGUUCCUGAUGGGGCUAGAGUGUGGCUCCUGCUCCAAGAAAAUAGACCUGAUAGAAGGAGAGACUGAGGUAGUCACCAGUCCAGAGUAUCCGAACUACAGUGAUGAUGUGAUGUGUGUGUGGAGACUACAGGCUCCUGCACUCGCUACCAUCACUAUCAACUUCACUGACUUCAGGCUCCCCAACCUCGAUAGUGAAGGUCAGUGUGCCAGAGGAGCACUGGAGGUGGCGGAGGUGGUUGUGUUGGAGCAGCAGCCAGUAACCAGGACCGUAGUGAGCAUGUGUGGAGGGGCUCUACCCACACCUCUCACACUUCACGCCCAGGCGGUCCUCCUCAAGUACACUUCAGGUGUCUUCUAUCCUCGUCCUUUCAGCAGACAUGGCGGUUUUAAGGUCCUCGUUACAGCUAGCGCCAUCGAGUGGUCACCGGCGAGGCUGAAGACUGGGGAGGUGGUGUCUGUGGUACUGGCAGUGCUGCUGGUCCUGCUGGCCAUCACCAUGAUCUGCUAUAUCUGCAGGAGAAGCACUCUUGGACGCCAGCGCAGCAGACAGAGGAAGCUGAUGCAAGAACGUCUGGCCUUCCAACGACCCAGCAGCCAUGACGUUGCUCUGUCAGCAAUGUUGGCCAGUAUGAGAACCUUGCAGUCAGCGGGACAACAGUUUACUCAGCACAAGCUGGAUGUCGGAGAGGACAGGGAUAGUGGUGGUGGUGGUGAGUGUAGGGGUGGUAGUGGUAAGUCGUGGGUGAGGGAUGAGUGUGUGACCCGUACUACCAGCAUGCCUAUCCGCCAGUCCAACUUUUCUGUCCCCCCGCCUCCACCGCUGCCUACCUCUGCCCCACCGCCUCCAUUCACGAGAACUCGACUCCAGACUCUGCCGGUGAUCAGCCUUCCAAGUAGCCAGAUUAUUACUCCCUCAUAUGUUUGUAAUUCUUACACGACAGAGGAUAUUAACGGUAAGGAAGGUGGGAAGGAGAGGUCAUCUCCGCUUGCUACUACUCCCUCAGCACCACCAUUUCCAACACAGGCAGCAUACACCAAGGAUCACAUCUGCUGCCCCUCCAACUCGCCCAGCUGUGUGUGGACAAGCUGUUCCUGCCUUUCGCCUACUUCUAAGGCCCUCUCCAACUGCAACGCUCCCUCAAAGGCCAUAGUCAACUACAUCAACGUCUCUGUCAACCACCUGUCCAUCUCGUCUCGGGGUAGCAGCAUGUCAUCUAACACUGGCGGCGUCUCUCCCUCACCUAGACACACUCCUGUCAACCUCUGUCCCCACUUGGGCAGCACCCUGGGCUACUCCAGCGGCUGCACCAAACCCGCAUCUGACAUCCUUUCCCCCAAACUACAAAACAUCCAGCAACAACAGCAGCGGCAGCCAGAGACACCGAGCAAUCUGACAACACCCAGCUUAAAGCCACUAGUCACUGAUACCACCUUCAGUAGUUGCGAGAGUGUCUUCACUCAGGGGGAGAACAGCCUGAAUGAGGGCAUACGAUGUGCAUGUGGGUCAACACACAUGCCUCAGACUCGACGGGGGCUGUCACCUACCAUUGCUUUCCAGGAUCACUUAUCCAAGUCCUGUGGGGAUAUGUCUCCUGAUGCACCCAUUGAACAGAAACCUAUGUUGCACGAGCUGGUACGCUCUGAACCCAGCCUUCCUAGGGACCACCAGUCUCCAGGCUUGGUUGGACCAGUCUUGCGUCGCGUCUCCCAGAUGUUCCUCGGCUCCUCGCCCUUUCUCUGGCCCUCUCCAGAGACUAAGAAACCUGACCUUAAGAAAACUAAGCCUGGAAAAUCCUCAGAGGGCAAAGGAUCGAGUGGUGGGGUGACAGGUAGCAAGACUGGGGAUGAUGCCAGGUGUUGGGGAGACAAAAUGAUCCUUAGUGGGAAUCAGUCACCAAGUUGUGAAGCCUCAUCCUCAUUUUUAAAUCCAUUUAGGUAUAACCUUCUACAGAGUAACAAUACAGACUGUGUAAGUCUGAACGGCUGGCCCGAGUCUGUGAAAACUGAGGCUCCUCACAGCCUCGACUGCAGCCAAACCAAGUAAGGAGCACAGUAGUCACUGAUAACUGUGAUGAGACUUCCAGAGAUAACUUCCUGCUGCUUGAAAAUAACCAUCAUAAUACAUUAAAAUAUAUUGUCCACACAUCAGAUGAUGGACGCAGCCUCUUAUUUUCUUAAGUGACUAAUGUUAAGGAAAAAGUGGGUCUUUAAGGUUCACUAAAAAUGCCUUCCCAGCUAGUGACUCAAAAAAGUAUAGAGUUAAGAAAAAAAAGUGUAAAAUACUGUAGGUUCUUUCUCUCAAAGAAAAAGUUUAAUAAUUUUCAAGAAAGUUGUUAGAGAAAGAUUUGCAAAAUAUUGGAAAAAUACAGUAUUUGUAAACUUUUAUGUUUUAAAGAUGAAUUGAAAAGAAACUGAGAAAGUUAUUGGUGGCUGGCUUAAACAUUUAUUUAAAAAUCUUUGAUUGUUGUAUAUACCGAGUUUUAAAAAGUGGAGAGAACUCCAAUUUGAUUAUGUAUUUUAUAAUAUAUUAGUAAACACUAUUUAAAUGCUCAAUUUUUUUUUACCAGAUUCAUUUGUGCAUCAUCCAAGACCACAGAGAAAUGCAGCAAAAUUAAAAGGGAAAACUCAAAAUCAUUAUUAGCACCAUUGUUAAAAUUAUUAGCAAGAAUACUAAAGUCAUACCUCGUCAGGAUGGACACGAAGUUUUUAAGAUGCCCAGCAAUCAGUAGG